AUUUGAGAUCGAUCGGUUGUGAUCGAGAUUUGAACGCGCGUACACGUAGACUAGGUAAAAGAAGAUAAAAAGUAAUUUUAAUUUUAAUUUGUCAACAAAUCUCAUCAUUAAACGACUACAUUUCUUUUGGCAAUGGUUAAAACAAAAGCAGAGCGCUUAGCCCAACAGAGGCUAUGUAAAAGACGUAAGUACGCAGAAAUAAAAAAUGACCCAGAGUUAUGGGCACUAGAAAAAGAGAAACAACGUGCAAAAUACCAAAAACGUAAAUCAGAAAAAAAACAAACAUCUAUCACAGAAAAAAGUCCUCGCGAAAAGAGACAAAUACGAAAAAACUGGAAACAAAAUUCGAAGAAAUAUAGACAAAGUAAGAAAGAAGAAAAAACAAAAGUACUGAAUAUAAUUCAUGUUCCAGUGCCUGAAAGCUUUCCCGAAGAAACCAACAAUCAUGUUGUAGAUCCCAUCGGUUUAUUUACAAAAGAAGAUUUACAAAAAGCACAAAGGAAGAUACGGUAUAGAGAAUUGAAAAAAAGAAUAAGGUUGACAAGCAUUAUAAAAUCUCUGCAGAAGAUAAAUGUGAAGCAGAAAAUGACAAUAGAAAGACUGAAAUCACUUAUUAAUAACUCUAAUAUUAGAAGUCGCCAAGAACCGAAUGAAGAUGCCAAAACUUUACAAAAUCGAAGGAAUAAGCGAAUAAGUCGUGUUAGUGAUAUAUCUAGCUUAAAAUCACGAAAAGAUACGAAGUUUCGUUUACUGCGUCAAAAAGUAAUAGAAUCUAUUGAAACAUUUUACAACGAUGAUGCUGUUAGUACUAUUCCCGCUGGAAAGAAGGAGUUUGUCACUAAAAAUAAAAGAAGAAUGCAGAAAAGAUAUCUUGCGGCUCCUUUGAAGGUUUUACAUAAAAAAAUGCUAGCAGAAACUGAUGUAAAAGUCAGCUAUUCAUUUUUUACAAAACAUCGUCCGUUUUGGGUGCUUCAGCCUAAAUCUACAAACAGGGAAACAUGUUUAUGUGUUCAACACACCAAUAUGGAACUGUUGAUAAAAUCUCUAUACAAUGCAUCUAUUAUAGGCGAAAAGAACUCUAACGAAAUAGUUUCACAUUUAUGUUGUGACCCUAAUAACACCAAAUGCUUACUGAGACAGUGCAACUUUUGUAAAGAUAAGGUAAUAAGUUAUAAAGAGUUUUCAAACAGCACGAAUUUGACAUAUUUUCAAUGGAGGAAAACGUCAAAAGAGACAGUUACGAAGAAGGCACUAAAAAAGAAACAAGUAUUAACAGUAAAGGCCCAAGUAACUACACAACCACUAACAGCAAUAAGAGAAUUAGAAAGAUUGAUGUGUCCCUUUUUAUUACACGUCCAUAACAUUGUAGCUCAAUAUACUACCAUGAAACACUUAAAAGCAAAUCUAAAUGUAUCUGAAGCCGUUAUUCACGUAGAUUUCUCAGAAAACUACUGCCUAAAAUAUGCUGAAGAAGUACAGUCUUUUCAUUUCGGAGGAAGCAGACAGCAAGUUAGCUUGCAUACAUCAGUUAUUUACACUCAUAUUUUUUCUGUGGGCGCCAUUCAUCCUACAUCGAUAUGCACUAUUAGUAGAUGUGUUCGUCAUGAUGCAGCAGCUAUUUGGGCGCAUUUAAUUCCGUUGAUAAAACACGCGUUAGAAAUCAAUCCCUUUAUUACAACAUUACAUUUCCUUUCUGAUUCACCCAUAUCCCAGUACCGAAAUAAAUUCAUGUUUUAUAUAAUAACACAGAUCAAAAACGAUUUUGAAUAUAUUUCUAGAAUAACUUGGAAUUAUACAGAGGCAGGGCAUGGAAAGGGUGCCCCUGACGGUGUAGGUGCAGUUCUGAAUAGAACUGCCGACAGAUUGGUUAAUUUCGGAAGAGAUGUUGGUGAUUUUGAAUCGUUUUGUGGGAUAAUAAAAGAUAAUGUGGAAAGUGUUGUUAUUAAGAUAGUUAACGAAGAAACUAUCAAACAAAAAGAAAAUCUUCUUCCGAAAAAUCUUAAACCAUUUAGAGGCACCCUUUCCAUCCACCAGGUCCUUUGGGAUAUAUUAUCUGAAAGACUUACUCUAAGAACUCUAAGUUGUUUUUUAUGCGAUAUUGAUGAGCAAUGCAUACAUGGCAAACACCUUGGAUUCUAUGAAUUCAAUGUAGCUAUAGGAAGUAAUGACAAUGAAUCCGAAAACGAAAAUAUAGUGACACUACUUGCAGAAACUGCACCCAGACGGCGAGAAAGGAAUUUUAAUAAAAGCAUUAAAAUAUUAUCAGAUAUAACAUUCAAAAAUAAUGAGUGGUAUAAUUUGGACCAACCAUCUACAUCUAAAACGUCACAGUUUUAUAAGUAAAGCAUUUUCACGUGUUUUUUUUUCUUGCUUUAAACUGCCUGAUUAUUUAUAAUUUAAGGGUUAUUUUGGUGAUUAUUCCACAAUACUUUACAUUUUUGUUCAAAGUUGGUUCAAAGGCUAAUUACUUGCAAUUAGUUGAUAUUAUACUUAUAAUUUUGGAGAUUGUCUUUUUUGUUAAUUAAUAAUUUAAAAACAGAUAAUUUUGAUGUCCAAAAAAUGUUGGUAUUUUAAUGAAUAAAUAAGCUGAUUGUAA